GGAUGCUGGAAUGCUACCGUGUUCCGAUUGGGUUAUAUCUUGCAUUUGUACAGUGCCCGUGGCCAUAACUCAUCAAACGCCACUUCGGAUCUCUCGCAACUAGCUAACUUAACAGCCGCUAAAAUCUAAGCUAAGAUGUUAGAUAUUCGUCGAUUGGGAACUAUUCUUCUGGGUGUAUCCAUUGGUCUAAUCACCAUCGGGUUGGCCAUAUCAAACUGGAGAUGCGGAAACCUGUUUGAAGGCUGUCAGCAUCUGUAUGAUUCAGAUAUGAUCAUCUCAGUCGCUGCUUUAUUGGUUAUUGGUGUGGUUUGUCUGGCCAUCGUCUUCGUUUUGGAUAUACUCGGAGCGCGCUCCAGUACAUUCGCUGAGAACACCGGGUAUUUAACUGCUAGAUUCGUGCUGCUCUACUUGGGCGCAGCUUGCACCCUUAUAGCAGUCAUUGUGUACACUGUCAAAGUUGGUCAUGAAUGGUCCUACUUCAUCACAGUUGUGGGCACUGUAAUCGCCGUCCACAUUGCCCUUCUGGCACUCCUUCAUACAAGGUGGACCAGAGGCACUGUGAGCUCGACCUAGUCACAUGUCGUUUGCUUAUUCACGCACCUCCCAUUUUGUUCCAAUCCAAGAGGUGAGGGUGCGGAACUUUGUUAUUCAGCAACCACAGCGAUAUCCCCAUGGUUAAACUUUCCCGACCUUGUAACACCCCAAUGUCGAGUUAAACCAGCUUUCAAAUUUAACUUCCAUUAGUACUUACAACCUAUUAAUGUCUGCAUGUACUCUAUAUGUGUAGCAAGCAACAUUUGUUAACACGGAUGUUCGCUGGAUUUGUCAUGGCUAUUCCAAUAUAUCGGUUGAUCCC